AUGAGUUCGAUUCCAGAGGAUCUUUUGGCAAUCAUACUCUCAAAAUUAUCUAUAAAGAUUUUCACAACCUUCAAACUUGUUUGCAAGCAAUGGGAAUCGAUCUUGGAGUCUCCAUAUUUCCGUGACGUGUUUAGGUCAACGCACCAAAACUCACAUACGCCACCAUCAUGGUCGCUCAUGUCUUGGGAUUAUGGAAAAGAACUCGUAGCUUACAAUGGACUCAACACUUGGGGGCUUGAACGUUCUCUAGGCUCUUACAUCUCUUCAUUCCUAACCAAGAAGUUUGGUAGCAAAAGAAACGAUUACAGAGUCUGGUCUUACGCUGAAGUUGGAUUGAUAUUGACCAGUGGAGUCCUUAACCAAACUUUGUACGUGGCUAAUCCAAUUACACAUGAAUGCGUACAACUACCUUCUCAUGCUAGUAAGUACUUCUCAUGGCCCAUGGGAAUCGCCACAAGAAUUGAUGACAAGGGAGUCUUUUUGGACUACAAAGUUGUUCUCUACUACAACAAAGACAACUUGUUGAUAUAUUCAUCUCAGACAGGCUUGUGGAGUUACUACAAUAUUGUCUAUUCUUAUAUAUCCUCUUUGUUUGUAAAAUUAACCUUCGUCUUGCACGAGAGUCUUCACUUGGUUGCCCGCGAUAGCGAGGGUAAAGGUGUUAUUGUAUCCUUUAAUCUCUACGCCACUAGUACUGACACUAUCCAGGGCCGCACUACGCGUUUCCCUGAUUCAGGAAAAAAUACAAGAUUCGAUAGAUCUUGCUCAACUUGUCAAGGAUCGCUCGUGUAUAUGAACGUAGUCCCUGUAACCAAAGUUGAUGGAACACUAGAGGAUAAGUUAUGUGUAUGGAGGCUAAAGAGUUGGGAAUGGCAACUAGUAUCUGAAAUCGCUUGGGAUUUCAUUGACACUUACCGUUCGCAUUAUUUUUAUUUAGGAAUAAACCCUUUUGAUGCUAAUAUAGUCUACUUUGAAAGCAACAUGCAACAAAGUUUGCUUUCUGUUAACUUACACAAAGGAGAGUUUGUGCUACAGAGUAAGUUGGAACAUAGUGAUCAACCAACACAGUUUGAAAAUUUGCUUCGUUCGGUCGUUUUCCCACAAUGGCUGCAUAGAAUUCCCAAUACGGUGAGAAUUGUUUAG